AUGGACAAUGCCACUUGCCAUGUCGUCUAUGUGAACCGCCAGGUUCGCCAGGACAGGCUCAUCCGUAACGAUGCCAACCACACCCACUUGUUAAACGGGGUCGCUCCCGACGGAGAGAUUGAAGAUGUUCAGAAAGACGCCGCUCUUUUGCUGGAUACAUUCGGAGAAGUCUAUCUGUGUUCCACAGGUUCAGCGUGCCUUUCGACGCUUUUCCAACUUUCGGACGAGUCCAUGAUGGACCUUGUUCCGACUCUUGUUUUAAUCGACGUACCCUACGACGAGCAAUUACCAAAGGUCCGGUCGACCUCUAGAUCACCUUCACCACACUCACGCCCAACUACUGCAGAUGUUGACAUCCAUACCCCGGAAGAGGAGGUUUACGGUCUCAAGUUGCUGCAGAGAAUCAUGACCGAAGCUCACCUGCGUAGCAUAUCCAAGCUUAUCGUUCCUGUUCCCAUCGUGAGCUUCGCUUCCUUUGAGGUUGCACAAGCAAAUGGUGGAAUCAUCGGGAACUCACAAACAAAAUCCUCACCAGCAGUGGACCGUCGAUUGAUCAUCCGAUGCCUCGAUCUAGGUGCUAUCGACGUCAUAAUCAGCCCUUUGCACGCCAAGUGCAUCACAAGCCUUGAAAUCCAUGCUUAUCGUGCGCAUAAAGAGGCAGCAAAAGAGCAGCAGGAAAUGCUGGAAGUACGGAGGGGAAGAAAACGCUCUUGGGUCGGCGUCAAUGAGGAAAAACCGUUUGCAUAUCUUAGGGAAGCUAUGGUAUCCGGACUAAUGAGGGGCAUUUGUCGGUCCGGCGCGGACUCGGACGACGAUCGGAUUUCUAACGUCAGCAUCGCUGUCUCCACAGAUCGCCAAGCCGCCGUCGCUGCCGCUGUAGGCAAGUGGCACUUUUGUGCCCACAGUUUCACCGACGACGAGUUGCUUGUGGCGGCCAUGAUUAUGUUCAAGCAUGCGUUGACCAUGCCAGAGUUGGAUCGUUGGCGGAUACCGACAGAUCAACUCAUCAGUUUCUUGGUUGCCUGUAGAGCUGCGUACAAUAGUUUUGUACCAUAUCACAACUUCAGACAUGUCGUGGAUGUCCUGCAGGCCACCUUCCACUUCUUGGUCCGCAUCGGCACUCUGGCGCCAUAUCCCCCUGACCCACUGGGAUACGAUGAACUCCCCGAGAAGUCGCCCGUAGCAACCUUGCUGCAUCCUUUUGAGGGCUUGACCCUUCUCAUCACGGCGAUAGGCCAUGAUGUUGGGCAUCCUGGCGUGAACAAUGGGUUUCUUGUUACCCUUAAUGCCCCGUUAGCACAACUAUACAACGACCGCUCUGUUCUCGAGUCAUUCCACUGCGCGGCAUACUCCCAAAUCCUUCGACGGUAUUGGCCCAGCGCAUUCGAAGAUACCAAAAUGCGGAAUCUGAUGAUUAGUUCCAUCCUCGCUACGGAUAUGGGCCUUCACUUUGAUUACAUGAAAAAGCUCGGAGACACUCAGGAGAAGCUGGAUGCUAGCAACACAACCGACGGAUGGAAUGGUCGGAUGCUUGAGGAGCAAAAGGCAUUGGCAUGUUCAUUGCUCAUUAAAUGCGCUGACAUUAGUAAUGUGGCGAGAAAACACGAAACUGCGUUGAAAUGGAUGCACAUCCUUUCGGACGAAUUCUCUCGCCAGGCUUCAAUGGAAAGCGAACUAGACAUCGCGUCCUCUCUCCUUGCGCCUCCGAAGAAGGAUCUGAUGUCGCUUUCCAAAGCUCAGUUGAGCUUCAUGAACAUGUUUGCCAUCCCCCUGUUCCAAGGAGUGGCAGACAUCCUUCCAGCAAUGAAGUACACGGUCGACGAGCUUGAGAUCAAUAAGAGUCUAUUUGAGCAGCGCAUCCGAGACGAGCAAGCGAAGGAAGACCCCAUUCGCAAGCGACUUCUCCGCGACGGGACAUUCUCACCGCGAACCAUGAGUUUCGUGUCAGGCUCAGAAAGUCAGAAGGAGUCUGCUACCCCACGGGUGACAACGCCCAUGGCAGAAAUCGCAACACCGCCGUCGCUGAUGGACGAAACAAGUACAGAGGACAAGGGGCUGUCCCCUGAGCCGGCCGACCCGGUAAACAGGCCAAUGCACGUGCCAAAUACCUCUGACGACUACAAGGAAGUAAACGGGAUUGUGACAUCGUUUGACUCGGUGGCAGACUUUGCAGCCAGUGAUCCCUUCCACUGUAGGGAUAGGGCGAGCAGUUCUCCCGACAACCACCAUGGCCAUAACGGCAAGCAGCGAUGCAGUGAGACAACCGAUGGAAGCACAACUGGUCCCUACACCGGAGACUGGGCUUCGCAGGCCACCAGCGCUACCACAGGCAAGAUGCCUCUUUCUCCCAGCACUCAAGGCACUAGCAUUGUCAGCAGAGAGUCAACCGAGCAUUUGCCUGGGGUGCCCAUAAUCUCAGAGCCCAAGCCUUUCAACGACAACAAGCAGGAGCCCCCGAUGCUGGAUCAAGAAGCGAAUGGCUCUCAUCUAUCACACGGUAGCUACAAGGCUGACGGAGGCAAGGUGGUGAAGAAGAAAUCGAGCAGGUUCCGAAUGAACGCAUUCCAAUUCUUCCGACGGAACAGAGCGUCAAGCCCUUCCAUGUCGGCGGCCGACACUGCUGGCUGA